UACUGCGGAGAAACUAAAAUUCCUUGUGCAAGAUCUGCUCCCCUAUAAAUACCCCACACCCACUUCCAACUCCUCUACCCCCAAUAAGUUAUACACUAAACAGAGAGAAAACAGAGAUUAAUUAGUUGUGGACAUGGAGUUCCCUGUGAUCAACUUGGAGAAGCUGAACGGCCAUGAGAGGGCAGCCAUCAUGGAGAAAAUCAAGGACGCCUGUGAAAACUGGGGUUUCUUUGAGCUUCUGAACCACGGGAUUGCGCCGGAGUUUCUGGACACUGUGGAGAGGCUAACUAAGCAACACUACAAGAAAUGUAUGGAGAAGCGGUUCCAAGAGCUCGUGUCCAGCAAGGGCCUCGACGCGGUCCAGGCCGAGGUCGACGAUAUCGACUGGGAAAGCACAUUCUUCCUCCGCCAUCUCCCAGUCUCCAACAUCGCCGACCUCCCCGAACUCGACGACGAGUACAGGAGGGUAAUGAAGGAAUUUGCGGGGAAAUUGGAGAAACUUGCGGAAGAGUUGUUGGAGUUGCUGUGUGAGAAUCUUGGGCUGGAGAAAGGGUACCUCAAAAAUGUGUUCUAUGGGUCGAAGGGCCCCACCUUCGGCACCAAGGUCAGCAACUACCCGCCGUGCCCGAAGCCGGAUCUGAUCAAGGGACUCCGAGCCCACACCGACGCUGGUGGCAUCAUCCUUCUCUUCCAAGACCACAAGGUCAGCGGCCUCCAGCUGCUUAAGGACGGCCACUGGGUCGACGUUCCCCCGCUCCGCCACUCCAUCGUCGUCAACAUCGGCGACCAGCUCGAGGUGAUAACGAACGGGAAGUACAAGAGCGUGGAGCACAGAGUGAUAGCACAGGCAGAUGGGGAAGGGAGGAUGUCAUUGGCAUCAUUCUACAACCCAGGGAGCGAUGCAGUGAUAUACCCAGCCCCAACUCUGGUGGAGAAGGAGGCAGAAGAGAAAAAUCAGGUCUACCCAAAAUUUGUGUUUGAAGACUACAUGAAGCUUUAUACAGCUGUGAAGUUCCAGGCCAAGGAGCCAAGGUUUGAAGCCAUGAAAGCUGUGGAAGCUAAUGUCAAACUGGGUCCAAUUGCAACUGUUUAAUUAUAUUAUUCCACCUCCCCAAACUAAUUGCUUCAUCAAGUGGGAAAUAUGACCAAAAACUCAACAACAAGAUGAUGAUGGGUUUUCUUCUCAAAGGCCAAAACAAGCUUCCACAACAUUUGAUUUUGUGUGUGUGUCAUUUUAUUAUUUGUCCAACUUAACCCAAUGGAAUAAAUAUAUAUCUCUCUCUAUAUAUAUGUGUUAAAAAGUGUACUUUCCUACUUUAUUUUAGUGUAUGAAUAUUGUGGUUUGAAAUGAAAUGAAAUGGAAUGGAUUGAUUUAGUA